AACCCCACCCCGCCCACAUACCCGGCCUUUGCCCUAGGACAGUGCAGGGCCCAAGGAGGUCCGUGAAAAGAAGGGAACGUGGGACGAAGAGGAAGACGAGGAGGAGGAGGAGGAAGAGGAGGAGGAAGACUCGGACUCUGAGUCAGACCUAGACAGGGAGUUGGCCCACUGCCUGGAUGAUGCAGAGGAGGAGGAAGAGGAGGAGGCAGCGGCAGCGGCAGGUGAGGAGCCCCCUGCUGCAGACGGGGACGCUGACCAGCAGAUGGACACGGAGGAGCCUGAGGUGGCCCUGCUCUCAGUAGAGGAGGAGGAGGAGGAGGAAGAGGAAGGCUUCCCGGACUCCCCUCCCCAGCAGUUGCUCUUGCACCUCAAGCAAGAGGAGGAGAAAGGGGGGCAGCAGAGCCCGGCCUCCAGGAGCCCCCCGGCGGCCCUCAAGCGCAGCCACUCGCUGGAGAACGGGGAGCUCAACGGGCAGCCGCCCAGCAAGAGGAGCCGGCCUCAGGGGCAGGCGGUGGGCUCCAGCAGCAGCAACAUCACCAGCACAACCCCCCUCCCCAUCCCCCCCGGGGACGGCGUCUGCAUCCGGGUGCCCAGCUCGGGCUCCGAGGGGGAGGAGUGGCAGCCUUCCCGCAGCAGCCCGGGACCCCUGGCCGACUCCACCCGCCCGGACUCCCCCGGGAUGGGCCUGGUCUCCAGCAGCCAGGGCAGCCCCCGGCCACAGCAGCAGCAGCAGCCGACCAGGAUGAAGCCAACUUCGCUGGAAGACUUGCUGCUCACCAGGACCAGCGUGGCCACCCAGUGCGACCCGGAGGAGAUCAUCGUCCUCUCCGACUCGGAGUAGCAGCCGCUAGGGGGAGAGGGGGGGCGGGGCCCGGAGGAGAGUAAAGACUUAUUUUUUGUUCACGGAG